UUCUGGUCUGGGCCAGCCACGAUUGUCGUGAGGAGGAGGCGGUGCUACAGAGAAAGGGCAGAAAAGGAGAUUGGAGCAGAAAACUGCCCUGCCGCAGGGGCUUGCUGGCUGUGCACCUGGCUCUUCACUGUCCUCGGAAUGGCCUCAGACACUUGAGUGCUACCUGAUUUCUGUAUGUUACCAUCUUCUGUACACCUGAUCCCCACAACAGUCCGGCUUGUCCAGUCCUGGAUCUACAAUUCUUCCCGUUCCUUCAUGGAUUUGAAGUCUCUCCUUUCCUCCCUGAGUGACUUUGCAUCCCUCUCAUUUGCUGAGAGUUGGGACAAUGUUGGAUUACUGGUGGAACCAAGCCCACCACAUCCUGUCAACACACUCUUCCUGACCAAUGACUUGACUGAAGAGGUAAUGGAGGAGGCGCUGCAAAAAAAGGCAGAUCUCAUUCUCUCCUACCAUCCACCUAUUUUCCAGCCCAUGAAGCACAUAACAUGGAAAACCUGGAGGGAGCGCCUGGUAAUUCGGGCUCUGGAGAACAGAGUUGGCAUUUACUCUCCUCAUACAGCCUAUGACGCUGCUCCACAGGGAGUCAACAACUGGUUGGCCAAAGGGCUUGGAGCUUGCACCUCCAGGCCCAUACAUCCUUCAAAAGCUCCCAGCUACCCUACACAAGGAACUCACCGAGUAGAAUUCAAUGUUAACCACACGCAAGACUUGGACAAAGUCAUGUCUGCUGUGAAAGGAAUUGGAGAUGGAGAUGUUUCUGUCACUUCUUUUUCUGUUAGGAUUGAUGAUGAGGAACACGUACGGGUCAGUGUGAAUUGUACUCAGAAGGCUUUGAUGAAGGUUGUGGCUUUUCUGUCUCAGAACAGACAACUUUAUCAGAAGACUGAAAUUCUGUCCCUGGAGAAGCCUUUGCUUCUACAUACUGGAAUGGGACGGCUAUGCACACUGGAUGAACCUGUCUCCCUAGCAACCAUGAUUGAGCGAAUCAAAAGAUACCUGAAACUGUCUCAUAUUCGCUUAGCUCUUGGGGUAGGGAAGACUUUAGAGUCCAGCAUCAAAGUUGUGGCCCUGUGCGCUGGUUCUGGGAGGAGCAUUCUGCAAGGAGUAGAGGCUGACCUUUACCUCACAGGUGAAAUGUCCCAUCAUGAUGUUCUGGAUGCUGCUUCCCAAGGAAUAAAUGUGAUCCUUUGUGAACACAGCAACACUGAACGAGGCUUUCUCUCUGAUCUUCAAGAUAUGCUGGAUGCUCACUUGGAGAGUAAGAUUAAUAUUAUCCUGUCUGAGACAGACAGGGACCCUCUUCGUGUGAUAUAACACAUACAAGAACAUCAGGAUAACACAAAGGACACACAUACUUCGAUCUGAACUCAAAUGCGUAACAUGAGUCACUGGUGUUGGCAUCCUUACAACAGAAGUGUCUUAAAAUGUAUUAUCAUUUUUGGUUUGUUAAUCUGGUUCACCAGAUGUGCUUAUAAGGUAAAAACUGUAAUGUAACUAACAUAUUAAAGAACAAAUAUUCAUUAUAAACUCUAGGAAAAUUUGACUAAAGU